AUGGCACGGACUGUAGAUAAAAGUAAGCUUCAUAAAGAACCAUCAUCGUUUACCGUUGGACCAUACACAUUUACAAACUGUCAGCUAAUAGGCGAAGGAACAUAUGGUACUGUCUACAAAGCGUACGAUAUUCAGCAGCGGACAUAUUUUGCGGUAAAAGUGAUCAGAUUAGACAGUCGAGAAGGUGUACCUGGGACUUGUCUUCGAGAAGUGUCAAUUUUGAAAGAACUUAUUCACCCAAAUAUCGUUAAAAUUCACAACGUUAUCCCAAGCGAUGGGUAUAAGAAAAUAUAUCUGGUGUUCGAACACAUUGAUUACGAUUUGAAAAUGCUUAUAGAAAAAUUGCGACCCAAACCCUUUCCAAUGCCUUACAUUAAAAGUUUCUUAUGGCAGCUGCUGCGAGCUCUUACCCUCUGCCAUGCAAAUCGUGUGUUGCAUCGAGAUUUAAAGCCGCAAAAUAUUCUAGUUGCUGUAAAUGGUACUGUUAAAAUUGCUGAUUUUGGUCUUGCACGUUCCUUCACAAUACCUUCAAGAUGUUAUACGCAUGAGAUAGUAACACUGUGGUAUCGUGCACCCGAAAUUCUACUCCGUUCAAGAUAUUAUUCAACAGCAGUCGAUAUAUGGAGUUUGGCUUGCAUAUUUGCUGAGCUAGUUACCUCUGAACCGCUCUUUCGUGCAGAAUCUGAAAUCAGUCAGCUACUUAAAAUAUUUCAAAUUCUAGGAACUCCUACCGUGGAAAUUUGGCCUGAUAUGAUAAAUUGCAUUGAUUACAAAGAUAGUUUCCCGCAAUGGACAGAAUGCGUCCUGGCGGAACAUGUACCAGGUCUGGAUAGUGAUGGUCUAGAUUUGCUUGCGCAAAUGCUGCUAUAUCCACCUGAAGAACGGAUAACUUCAAAAGCAGCACUCAGUCAUCGUUUCUUGAGAGAUGUGCCGAUACAUAUUGAACCGGUCUUGACAUUAUUUGGACCAGAUAAUGAAUGA